UGGAAAUUCUCGCAGGUCUUCGGCGAGCGGACCGCCGGUGAGGAGGUUCAAGAAGUUGACAUUAUUUCAGCGAUAGAGUUUGACAAAUCUGGAGAUCAUCUUGCUACUGGAGAUAGAGGUGGUCGUGUAGUUUUAUUUGAGAGGACAGAUGUUAGGGAUCAUGGUUCUCGAAUGGAACUAGAGAGGUCAGAUUAUCCGGUUACCAGACAUCCUGAAUUCCGCUAUAAAACGGAGUUUCAGAGCCAUGAACCCGAGUUCGACUACCUUAAAAGUUUGGAGAUAGAAGAGAAGAUUAAUAAGAUUCGGUGGUGCCAGACGGCAAAUGGUGCACUUUUUCUUCUCUCCACGAAUGACAAAACUAUCAAAUACUGGAAGGUAAGCAUAAAAUUUUCAUUUAGUUAAUGUUAUUCUCUUGAG